AAUCUCCCGUGAAAACAAACAAGAAAAUUUGUCAACAAUACAUUUAAUUUUAAUUUAAUAUUGAAAAGGUAUCUCAUUCAAAGACGGCAAUGCAUUUAUGGAAAUUCACAAAUUUGGUGUCUCUUUUAUUUGUGGUUUUUGCUUUGUUCUACUACCAUCACACUCAUCAAUUUCAUCUUUCCAUCAUGGCCGAAACCGAGCAGACCCCCAAAUCGAUUUACGACUUCACUGUCAAGGAUAUUCGUGGAAAUGAUGUGAGUCUGAGUGAAUAUAGUGGAAAGGUCGUUCUGAUCGUCAAUGUUGCUUCAAAAUGUGGUUUAACACAGUCAAACUACAAGGAGUUGAAUGUUCUUUAUGAAAAGUACAAAGACAAAGGUUUUGAGAUCCUGGCAUUUCCUUGCAACCAAUUUGCUGGACAAGAACCCGGAAACAAUGAGGAGAUCCAGGACGUUGUAUGCACCAGGUUCAAAGCUGAAUUCCCAAUUUUUGAUAAGGUUGAGGUGAAUGGGAAAGAAGCAGCUCCCCUUUACAAAUUCCUGAAAGCACAGAAAGGGGGCAUCUUUGGAGAUGGAAUUAAGUGGAACUUCACAAAGUUUUUGGUAAAUAAAGAAGGAAAGGUUGUGGAGAGAUAUGCUCCUACCACAGCUCCUCUCAAAAUUGAGAAAGACGUUCAGAAUCUAUUGGAGUCUUCCACUUCCUGAGAACCAAGGAGAGAGUUGCAUUUGCUAUUAAAUAUGGUUGAAAUAUGACCUGUGCAGAUGUUUAAAUACUAUUUCUUCUUUUACAGACUGGUGUUCUUGGUGCGUUUCGACUAUUCGUUAAUAAACCUUAUGUAGGCCUAGCCCUCUUUAUCUAUACAUUUAUUUAGGACUCAAAUCAUGUCCCAAGUUUAUUCUUUUCUGAAAAAAUUUGCAGUUUAACUCUUCAGGUAGUUGUAUUUGUUACACUUAAAUAAAUAAAAAAUUUGGGAGUAUACCUCCCUAUCGUCA